AUGGUUACAAUAGUUGAAGAUCUUGGAGAACAUUCAAGCAUAUCGGCAAAGAUGGAAGGAUUGGUUCCGAAACCGAGUACCGAAAUUGAAUCGAGUCAUGACGUUUUGCUAGAUUUGAAGCUCUCGAACCAUGCCGGAAAUGGUGACGAUGGUGACACUAAGGCGCGACAUGAAUCUAAGAUCGAAUUUGAUCUUUUCGCACCGAGGAGCCCUACUACUUCCCAUGAUGAUGAUCAGAAAAGCAAGGGUUUCUCGUGCAACUUUUGCAAGGGAGUUUUCUCCACAUCUCAAGCCUUGGGGGGACACCAAAACGCUCACAAGCAAGAACGUGCGUUGGCAAAGAGGCGUCAUCAAGGGCUCAUCGAAGUGAACCCAUCUUGCGAUUUCAGUCCCCUAAACUUUGCCUAUCAUCCGUUUUCGACCUACUCUUCGAACCCUUUUCAUGGAUCUUUCAACAGAUCAUCCCUCGGGGUUCAGUUCAACUCGAUGGUUCGUAAACCAAUGCACCCAUGGCCGUCAUUGUCUCGACCAUAUCAUCUCCCCCAUGGUAAUUGGUCUAGGCAACCACUAAUGAGCUUUUCACAACCAAAUUUAAGCUUUAACAAUGGAGAGUUGCUUGGAAUCUCAGGGCCUUCAACUAGUGCAAAUCGCUCAUUUGGUAAGAAUUCUCAAGCGAAUGUUGCUGCAAGUGCAAGCACAUCUUUGGGAAAUGGUAAUAAAUACAAGGAUGGUUCUGGAAUUGAUUUAUCCCUUAAGCUUUAA